CGGGUUACAUAAGGAAAGGGCUGGUGGAGCCGCCCCAGCGGGAGCCCGGGAGAGGACGCGGUGUUCUCGGCAGCAAUCCCCACCCUCCUCACCCAGCAGGGCAGGAGGCACCCAACUUGAAAGAGAAGGAGGAGGAGGGGAGGGUGAAACAGAGACGGGGCAGUCACGAGAGCUGGGCCGCCGAGAGGGGGAGAGUAUACAUAGUGGCACACAUCCAUUCUCUCACACACGUUGCAGACGCAAGUCGCUGAUCGUUUCCACGUGCUGCACUCGUGAGCGGAGGCGCUGAAAGAGGGGGCAGAGGGGUCGGUUCCCAAGGAAGAGCCAAGAGUCCCACAUCUCAAGGCUCACCCCUUAGGUCACACAACCAGUCUGCACACUCCAGCUGCGCGGCUCCGGCACACCACCAUCCUAUUUAAAGCCACAGGCUCCGCCCUUUUCCUCCCCUCCCUUCUUUUCCACUCUUUUUCCAUCCUCCUCCUUCUCUCAUCACCGGGUCCUCCUCGCUAGCCGCAUGUAGGGGCGGAGCACGGAAUGCUUACCUUCCAACCAAUCGUCACCUGACUGCAUCUUUAUUGGCCGAGCCCCUGUAUGCUGUAACAAAUGGAAUGUGAACUUCAGUAACGAGAGUCACGUGCCACCGGCUAGACAACCAAUGAGGGUGCGAGUUGCAGGUCCCGAUGUUUGGGCACUCCGGGAGCUGCUCUCCAGCCCCUGCUUCUGAACCUAUGGAUUCUCCAUCUAGCGUUUCUUCCUACUCUCUUUAUUCCUCUUUUUCCACCUCCCCAGUGAACAGUGACUCUGGCUUCCCCUCCGAUAGUGAGAGGGAGGACAAGUGGGCUCAUGGCCCCAGGCCAGACACUGUUGGUCAGAGGGGAGGUUCUCGGCCCAGCCCUGGUCCUAUCCGCUGCAGGCAACGACCCAAGGUUUCCAGUAAGCAACCUACAGCAUCUCACUCGGAACAGCGGGGCUUGGCUUCUUCUAUGUCAGGAUCUGGGGUCAAAAGAUCAAGAGGUGGUGAAUUGGAGACCGGUCUAAACAUCCAGGGUUGUACCACAGAAGGAGACCUGCUGUUUGCUCAGAAGUGUAAAGAGCUCCGAGGAUUCAUACCCCCUCUCACAGACCUACUGAAUGGACUGAAGAUGGGUCGAUUUGAGAGAGGAUUGAGCAGUUUCCAGCAGAGCGUGGCAAUGGACAGGAUCCAGCGCAUAGUAGGUGUUUUGCAGAAGCCACAGAUGGGAGAGCGUUAUCUAGGAACCCUGCUACAGGUAGAAGGAAUGUUAAAGACUUGGUUUCCUCAUAUAGCUGCCCAGAAGUCAUCAUUGCGUAGUCAGCUGACCAAGCAUUCUCCAGGCCACCACAGUUAUCCAGCUGCUUCCUCUCCUGCACUUUCUGUGGAAAAGAUGGACCAGACACAGCUAGGACAGCUAAUAUUGAAACCAAAGCAGCCUUGGCACCUCACUGAAUGGCCAGCUAUGAACCUCACUUGGAUCCACACUACUCCAAUUUGCAAUCCCCCUCUCAGUUCCCCAGGUACCAUCUCCUUUAGCCAUGGUCCUUUAGGCACUGGAACCAGCAUUGGUGUCAUCCUUUUCCUCCAGCAUGGAGUACGGCCCUUCACCCACUCAGCCCCAACCACUCCAGUUCCAUCUACUACUACAGCAUCUCCUGUCAUCCCUGGUGAUCCUAAGAUACUCUCUGGAGAGGGGCCUUGUUGCCACAAUUUGCCAGUAACUCUGCCAUCAGACUGGAGCUGUACCCCAUCCCCUCCUGGUGUACCCACCAUGACCAGAGAGAUGACCGUGGGAGACCUAGGACAGAUGAGAAGCCACCCUUCUGUUGCUCCUGAUGUCCCUCCUCUCAAUCCCUAAUGCAGGACUUGAGACUGUAGUUUCUAAUUUGUGUAAAUAUAUGUCUCUCUAUAUACUUUUUUAACUGUUAAUGUGUGAAUUUGUGUUGAGGGAAGAGAAAUCCUUUCUGAUUAAAUAAAUUUUAUACCUAAA